GGGGGAGGCGGGGUAAGUUUGGUGGGAAACGGAGUAAUUUCCUCUUUUUACUUUCACGGCGAUAUUGCAAAAUUCAGAAUGGAUGUCCUCUUUGUAGCCAUCCUUGUUGUGCCACUUAUCCUAGGACAAGAAUAUGAAGAUGAAGAAGGACUGGCAGAAGAUGAUUAUUAUCAGGUGGCCUAUUAUUACACAGUCACCCCUAAUUAUGAUGACUUUAGUGCAAAUUUCACCAUUGAUUACUCCAUGUUUGAGUCAGAGGACAGGUUGAACAGGUUCGAUAAGGAGGUAACAACAGAAGCAGUGGAGUCUACCAUUAUUCUUGAAACAGAACGUGCAGACCAUCAGAAGCCCAUAACCGUGAAAACAGUAACAAUGGAAACACAAAAUCCAGAUCUGAAUGAUGCUGUGUCCAGCCUGCAGAGUCCUGUUUCCCUUCUCCUGUCAUGGGUCCUCCUUCAAGGGGGGAUGUAUUUCAUGUAAAGGUGAGAGAAGGCUGCUAUGACUCUUUGGAUGGGAGUUUGACAAGAAGAAAUUGGAAAAUAAAAUUAAAAAUGAAUGAAAUAAAUCUAGUCACU